GUGUCCAGGAAACGCUCCGUGGUUUGGUCCGUGCCUGCUUCAGACCAGCGGGGACCAGGAGCCGGCGACGACCGAGCCCCACUCGACCUCCGUGAAGACGAAGGAGUCAGAAAAACAUCUUUCAUUCGGAUCCGCGAGGCCUCGAGGGGAGAAGCAGCGAUGGUGUGUGGAGGAUACAUCUGCACCAAGAACGCACUGUGCGCGCUCAACAUACUUUAUGUGCUGGUGAGUCUGCUGCUGAUCGGAGGGGCAGCCUGGGGGAAAUGGUUCGGCCUGGUGUCGAGCAUCGGCGUGGUGGCAGGCGUCAUCGGCGUGGGCACCUUCCUGUUCCUGGUUGCCUUCGUGGGGCUGUGCGGCGCCCUGAAGCACCACCAGGUCCUGCUCUUCUUUUACAUGAUGAUUCUGUUCAUCGUGUUCGUCGUGCAGUUUGCGGUGUCCUGCGCUUGUCUGGCCCUGAACACGGACCAACAGAACCGUCUGCUGGAGGUCGGCUGGAACAAAUCCGAGGCCACUAGACUGGACGUGGAGAAAACACUCAACUGCUGCGUCUCGAACGGCACCUGUGCUGCUAAAUGCUUUAAGGACCAGCCGCCAUCUUGUGACAGCUGCUUAAACAUCAUCCAGCCCUAUGCCGGGGAGGUGCUGCGGUUCGUGGGCGGCGUCGGACUCUUCUUCAGCUUCACAGAGAUCUUCGGAGUUUGGCUCGCCCACAGAUACAGAAACCUCAAAGAUCCGCGGUCGAACCCCGGAGCCUUUCUUUAGCCGCGCACAGAUUCAGAAAUUGCACUGCGAAUAAAUGUUUGUCCCCAUAACUUACUAUACUCACCUGUACAUCUGUUUAAUUAUCGAUAUUUUCAUUUUUACUCUUAAUCUUUGCUGCUCACUUAAGUUAUGAUGCUGAAAAUAAAUGUUGUGUCUUUAAGUAGGUUAGGGUUCUUAUCUGCUGUUACCAAGAGUCGGAGAAAAUCUUUAUCGCUCAAAAGUCUGUUUGGAGGCCGGAGCUGGAGCUAGCUUCGUUAGCUCAGCUCAGCUUAGAACCGUAAUCCGUUGGUGGUGAAAACACGGUCACGCCAGCCGCACUUUGACAAUUGAUGCGCAUCUAUUCCUGGUCUUACGGUCUCGAGGUCUUUGGAGCAGAAAAAAAGGCAGAAGACAAAUAUUGAGAGUUUAAUGACACGUAGAGAAAAUAUCAUUUAAAGAAAUACUUGAGGUGACAAAGACAUUUCAGACCUUCGC